AUGGAUAUUCGAGCGUGGUAUUUGAGAACUUCAAAACUGGCUCUGGCCUUGGCAAUUAUCCGAUCAAAACCGGCAGACAAAAGCAGCAGAGAAUACACAGAGCACCUUGCAGCACUGGUGUCUAAGCAGGAAUCGAAAUGGAGGUCAAAAGUCGAAGCCUUGGAAGCCGAAGUUCUACAGUUACGUCAAAAACUUCUUCUGAGUAGGAUUUGUUCAGGAUCAAUUAAGAGUGGUGAAGACCUGUAUCUAGCUGAUUUGGCAGAUUCUGAACAUGGAAGUUCUGAAAGUACAUUAACUCCGAUGGAAGAUUCUGGGUGUGAUUUAUCAAGUGAACAGAGAACUGAGUCUUUGGAGCUAUCCCCACAUUUUGUGGAGAGCUGCACACCCCCACUUUUUCCACUACUGCCUCUGGUGAAAAGACCUGGUGCCGCCCCAGAAAAUCCUUUGUUUUCUCACAUGCAGUUCUUACAGCAUCUGCUUAGACUAAAGAACUUGACAGAAUCAGGUAGUCUGAAAACAGAUUUAACCCACUUUGAAAAAGACUUUUCCAUAGUCUCUGAUUCUGUUUGUCAGUUGCUGGAUGGCCUGAUUGCUUUUUAUCGUAAUCCCAAACUUCCCUUUUCAAGCUUUUGGACAGAAGCUGUUGGUACUUUAGCUAAACUGACCAGUGAUUAUAACUUAUCUAAUUAUAUUCUUAAAAAGUGUUACAAGAAGUUGGAAGAAUUUGAGAAAACACUACUACAGGUUAUUUUAGGGAACAACCAUAUCAACCGGUUUCAGGUGCAGCAUUAUAUCUCUCAGAGUCUGUUAACCCUAGGAAGUUGCAGCUUGUUGAGAAAAUCUAUUAUAUCUCUACUUCUGUCAGAAGUAAACAGCUUUGCUGAUGAUCUGGGGUCCAUCAGUGAGGUACAAGCCAGUUAYGAUGUGACACGCUAUGAAAAUAUUUUCUCCUUGUUCUGGGUUCUAGAGCAGCUUCUUCAAAUGGAAACCAAAGACCACACUGCCAGUAUAAGGCAUGAUGACCCGGAAAUCAAGAAAUUUCUUCAGAACCAUGAUGAAACUAUCUUCCAGCUCUCUGAUGCAUUUCCUCUGUUUACUUUUUAUUUAUGGAGACUGGGCAUUCUCUUGAACUCAGCAGAGAUAGAAAUUGUUGAAAAUAACUCAAUUCCCUAA